UCAGACUCGGACCCAAUGGCUUCGUGCCGGUGGCCCUGGCGGCGCUGCUGCUCCUGGAGGCCGGCUGCCCGGAGCCCCGGGCCCGGCUCCCCGGGCCGCAUGGGGCCCCCCGGGCCGCCCGCCGCUGCCGACGGCGGCGUGCAGAUGUCCUACUUUAAUCUUGUGAAGAGUUUAACAUCUGCUUUUUCAAAUAGGUAUAGUAUGUCACGGUUCCAUCACACAACGUCAGCAGCGUGCUGUUGUAGUAAAACACGGAGUGGUGAGAAAUACAUCGAUCCUUUCAAACUCGGUUGGAGGGACUUGAAAGAUCUGUAUGAAGACAUUAGAAAGGAACUAGUCAUAUCUACAACCGAACUUAAGGAAAUGUCUGAAUACUACUUCGAUGGUAAAGGAAAAGCCUUUCGACCAAUUAUUGUGGUGCUAAUGGCCCGGGCGUGUAAUAUCCAUCAUAAUAACUCCCGAGACGUGCAAGCAGACCAGCGCUCCAUAGCCUUAAUUGCAGAAAUGAUCCACACUGCUAGUCUGGUACACGACGAUGUCAUCGACGAUGCAAGUUCUCGGAGAGGAAAACACACGGUAAAUAAGAUCUGGGGUGAAAAGAAGGCUGUUCUCGCUGGUGAUCUAAUUCUUUCUGCAGCAUCUAUAGCUCUGGCACGGAUCGGAAAUACAACUGUCAUAUCUAUUUUAACCCAAGUUAUUGAAGAUUUGGUGCGUGGCGAGUUUCUUCAGCUAGGGUCAAAAGAAAAUGAGAACGAGAGAUUCGCACACUACCUUGAAAAGACCUUCAAGAAGACUGCCAGUCUGAUAGCCAACAGUUGUAAAGCAGUCUCUGUCCUCGGAUGCCCUGAUCCAGCGGUGCAUGAGAUUGCCUAUCAAUACGGGAAAAACGUGGGAAUAGCCUUUCAGCUAAUAGACGACGUGUUGGACUUCACCUCGUGUUCUGACCGGAUGGGCAAACCAACGUCGGCAGAUCUGAAGCUUGGGUUAGCCACCGGCCCUGUCCUGUUCGCUUGCCAACAGUUCCCAGAAAUGAAUGCUAUGAUAAUGAGACGGUUCAGUUUACCAGGAGAUGUGGACAGAGCUCAACAAUACGUAUUACAGAGUGACGGUGUGCAACAGACAACCUACCUCGCCCAGCGGUACUGCCACGAAGCAGUGAGAGAGAUCAGUAAACUUCGACCGUCCCCUGAGAGAGACGCCCUCAUACAGCUUUCAGAAAUUGUCCUCACGAGGGAUAAAUGACAACUCUUUCUGUUAUUUCUGGCAGCUAUUUUACCAGACUGUGCCUAAGGAAUUUUGUGAAAUAUACUUUGCUUCACGUGCAGAUAACCAAAAAUCAUUUAAAGAAAAUCAUUUCAACCUUAUUGAUGGGCAAUUUUUUUAUUGGCAAAGUUUUUCAGGAAACUUUUUAAAUGUAAUUAAACCAUCCGAAUCUGUCACUCUAGUCCUGUAAAUCCUAAUAGAGGUAUCUUGAUGGUUAUAUGUGGUAUUGUUUACACUGUUAAGAUCCACAUGUAAAGCCAUUACACAAAUAAAUAAUGUUAAAA